AUGGCCACCGUCAGCUCUGGCACCAGCGUGGAGUUCCUGUCUCUGCCAGCCGAGAUUCGACUUCAAAUCUACCGAUACCUGACUCCAGUCCAUGGCUAUAUGAGCGACUAUCAAGGGAUAAUAAGCUGCAGGCAGAUCAAAGCCGAACUCGAGAAAGAAGUGAUGAGACUUAUGUCUACUGUCCUCGAUAAUGUCGCGAGGGAAUGGUUCGAGUCCUCCGAUAUAUCCAUGCAAAUCUCGAAACCAUCAUCUCUCCCGGAACUUUCCGAAAUCACUCUGUCCAUUCCCUUAGCCGACUUCGACUCCAGGACCGGCGUUCCAUACCCAAAAGCCCACUUAUCUAAAGCCCACAUAUCUCUCAAAGAUUUCCACGUCCAGCGACUGACCAUUUAUCUUUACGGAGAUAACAGGGAUCAAAGACUUGAACGAUGGGGGAGACAACCUCGUGUUCUUCACUAUGUAUUUUGCGGAGGAAUACAGGCAUAA